GGAGGAUGCUGCUUCGGGCGGGGCAUAGCUAGGUCGGCUGGUCUAGGAGGUCCCAGGUUGCCGAGGGUGCCGUCAUGCUUCUUAUUGGCUACUGAGCAAGCGCGAUCCGUUACUGCUGCCUGAGCCGCCAACGAAGUGGCUCGACCGAACCAAGGGGCGGGGAAACGGGGACUCCAAUUGGUCACGAACAAUAACGAGGAGGCUGCGGUCCCCAGAGGGGGUGUUGCUCUGUUGUCCAGGCUGGAGUGCAGUGGCACAAUCACAACUUACUGCAACCUCGAACUCCUGGACUCAAAUGAUCCUCCCUCCUCAGCCUCCUAAGUAGCUGGGAUGGCAGGCACGUGCCACCAUGCCCAGCUAGGGCCUACUUUUCGAUAAAUUGUUCUGGGACAAUUGAGUGUCCAUAUGGAAAAAUAUGAAAUCGAAUUCCUCCCUAACUUAUAUUAAACAGAGAAAUAAAUUCCAUGUGAAUUGUAGACUACAAUGUGAAGAAAAAACAAUAAAGUUUCUGGAAGACAACAUAGGAGGCUAUCUUCACGACCUCAAGGUCCAACAAGGGAGAGUAUACAAUAAUGGUCAAGAGAAGGGGGUCUUGGCUGGGCGCGGUGGCUCACCCCUAUAAUCCCAGCACUUUGGGAGGCCAAGGUGGGAGGAUCGCUUGAGCCCAGGAGUUCAAGAUCAGCCUGGCCAACAUGGUGAAACCUCAUCUCUGCAAAAGGGUUAUCAGGAAGGCCUUCCUGGUGCCUAGCCCCAGUGAUACUAAGAGUAGAUCCUAGCCCAGUGCAACCUCAGCCCCUCUCACCUGCCACAGAAGAGCACACUCUCCAAGUCACUCGUCCUGGACUCAGGCCACAGACAAGCGGAAGGCGCUGGAGGAGACCAUGGCCUUCACUACCCAGGCACUGGCCAGCGUGGCCUACCAGGUGGGCAACCUGGCCGGGCACACUCUGCGCAUGUUGGACCUGCAGGGGGCCGCCCUGCGGCAGGUGGAAGCCCGUGUAAGCACGCUGGGCCAGGGGGAAGGGCGCUGGACCAGACCACCCCUCUCUGUCACCUUGAACCCUGUCAUGCAGAUGGUGAACAUGCAUAUGGAGAAGGUGGCCCGAAGGGAGAUCGGCACCUUAGCCACUGUCCAGCGGCUGUCCCCUGGCCAGAAGGUCAUCGCCCCAGAGAGCCUACCCCCGCUCACACCCUACUGCAGGAGACCCCUCAACUUUGGCUGCCUGGACAACAUUGGCCAUGGGAUCAAGGACCUCAGCACGCAGCUGUCAAGGACAGGCACCCUGUCUCGAAAGAGCAUCAAGGCCCCUGCCACACCCGCCUCCGCCACCUUGGGGAGACCACCCCGGAUUCCCGAACCAGUGCACCUGCCGGUGGUGCCCGACGGCAGACUCUCCGCCGCCUCCUCCGCCUCUUCCCUGACCUCGGCCGGCAGCGCCGAAGGUGUCGGUGGGGCCUCCACACCCAAGGGGCAAGCAGCACCUCCAGCCCCACCUCUCCCCAGCUCCUUGGACCCACCUCCUCCACCAGCAGCCGUCGAGGUGUUCCAGUGGCCUCCCACGCUGGAGGAGUUGUCCCCACCCCCACCUGACGAAGAGCUGCCCCUGCCACUGGACCUGCCUCCUCCUCCACCCCUGGAUGGAGAUGAAUUGGGGCUGCCUGCACCCCCACCAGGAUUUGGGCCUGAUGAGCCCAGCUGGGUGCCUGCCUCAUACUUGGAGAAAGUGGUGACACUGUACCCAUACACCGGCCAGAAGGACAAUGAGCUCUCCUUCUCUGAGGGCACUGUCAUCUGUGUCACUCGCCGCUACUCCGAUGGCUGGUGCGAGGGCGUCAGCUCAGAGGGGACUGGAUUCUUCCCCGGGAACUAUGUGGAGCCCAGCUGCUGACAGCCCAGGGCUCUCUAGGCAGCUGAUGUCUGCACUGAGUGGGUUUCAUGAGCCCCAGGCCAAAACCAGCUCCAGUCACGGCUGGACUGGGUCCGCCCACCUCUUGGGCUGUGAGCUGUGUUCUGUCCCUCCUCCCAUCGUUGGGGGAAGGGGUCCUGGGGAGAGAGAAUUUAUCCAGAGGCCUGCUGCAGAUGGGGAAGAGCUGGAAACCAAGAAGUAUGUCAACAGAGGACCCUUACUCCAUGCAGGACAGGGUCUCCUGCUGCAAGUCCCAACUUUGAAUAAAACGGAUGACGUCCUGUGACUGCCCCACGGAGAUAAGGGGCCAGGAGGGAUUGAAAGGCAUCCCCAGUUCUAAGGCUGCCGCUAAUUACAGCCCCCAACCUCCAACCCACCAGCUGCCCCAGAAGCAGCAUCUUCCCAUUUCCUCAGUACCCACAAAGUGCAGCCCACAUUGGACCCCAGACACCCCUCUGCAGCCAUUGACUGCAACUUGUUCUUUUGCCCAUUG